AUGCAGGUAUUCCAGAGUGGCCGAACCAAGUACACCAGGUGUGACAUAGCAGACAGCCUAUUAAAGAGGAAUUGCAAAAGCAUCAUUAAUCCAAAGAAUAAGUUUAAAUAUAGCAAGAAUGAUGAUCUACGAGAUGAAAUAGGAAACACAACCGGUAUUUAUAUCCAACCCCAGGUGAUCAAAUUAAAGUUAAGACCCAGAAAGCCUCACAGAAUACAGCUGGCCUAUCGGGAGGCUAAAGACAGUGCUGUUGACCUGUAUGUCCUUAUGGAUCUCUCUGCUUCAAUGAAACGUAGUAAAGAAACAUUGUCAAAACUUGGACAAACACUUGCUAAAGAAAUGAAGAAGAUUACCAAAAAAUUCCUGCUUGGAUUCGGAUCCUUUGUUGAGAAAGAAAUACCGCCAUUUGUCUACACUGAUAGCAACAUAACAAUGUGCCAUGACUGUGCUCUGACUUUUGAUUACCGACAUGUCAUGAGACUGUCUCCAAAUGGUACCAAAUUCUCUCAAAUGGUAGCUGCAGCCGAAAUCUCUGGCAGCAAUGACAUUCCUGAAGCUGGGUUUGAUGCUCUCAUGCAAGCAUUGGUUUGCAAACAAAUUGGUUGGCGAAGCAAAUCAAGAAAACUGGUCCUUUUUAUUGCUGGUAGCUCCUUCCAUACUGCAGGCUCAGGAAAGUUACUCGGAGUUGUGAAACCAAACGAUGAGCAAUGUCAUUUAACAGCAGCUGGGGAAUACUCUGAGAGUAAAGUACAGGACUACCCGUCUGUCAGCCAGAUCAGAUCUCAGGUCAAUUCGAAAAAGGUCAAUGUAAUAUUUGCUGUUCCCAAAGACCAAAUGAUAACAUACAAGCAUCUAUCGACCUUCCUGCUUGGUUCCACUGUGACAACACUACAGAAAGACUCAGCUAACAUUUUAGAUGUUAUUAAGUCAAAUUAUCAGGCAAUUGUACGUCGAGUCCAACUAAGAGCUGAAAACAAUGAAAAUAUUACUGUUAACUUCUUCAGCAAAUGUAACGGGUAAGAUUUCCAUGCACCACCACCACCACCACCACAUUCCAUCUCUCUAGGGUUAAUGAAGGAAAAUAC